CCCUAAAAAACAGUCAACCGGGAAAUGGUAACACAUGAACCUCCUCACUGGAAGGAACAUGGUUGAGAGGAGCAGUAAAUUUCUGUUCAUCGUUGUCGGCUCGGUUCUGUUCAUGCUGAUUUUGUAUCAGUACGUGGCUCCGGGGAUGAUGAACUUCGGCUCUCCGCACGGGUACAUGCUGGAAAACGAUGCGGAUCUCUUCCCGACUCCUGAUCCACAUUACGUGAAGAAAUUCUAUUUCCCCAUCAGGGAUCUGGAGCGGACUGUGGAUUUUGAAAUCAAAGGGGAUGAUGUGAUCGUGUUCCUCCACAUCCAGAAGACCGGAGGCACCACGUUCGGGAGGCACCUGGUCCAGAACGUCAGGCUGGAGGUUCCGUGCGACUGUAGACCGGGACAGAAGAAGUGUACCUGUUACCGACCCAAUAGGAAAGAGACCUGGCUCUUCUCUCGGUUCUCCACCGGAUGGAGUUGUGGCUUACACGCGGACUGGACCGAACUGACCAAC